AUGAUUAAGCUUGCCACUCUUCAGCACUGCGCCAUCGACAUCCCAUCGACAUGCGUAUUCGGCUUCACCACCCGCCUCUACGAAGCGGAGAAGGGCUGCGGUUGCCAAAUCGCCGUUAUGCGAUGCCUCCACAAUGACAUCCUCAACCUCAGCGGCCGCUACAUCAACGACCAAAACAUAGACAUCCAGGAAAUCGAAUCAUCCCUGCGUGAUACCUGGGACGAGACGAGUUCAUACACGCUCGAAGAUCCUUCUCCCAGUAGCUUCGAGUUGGAUCGACUGGCGACUCUUGUCCUGGAGGCUCAAGAACGGGAUACUUCCAAGAACACAGAAGAAGCUAUCCUACCGAAUGGACAGCGUCUCUGGAUCAACCGUCCCUACCUUGCUGAGGAGAUUCAAUGGUUCGGGAGCACCGAAUCCGUGGGCCUAUCUCCAGUGGAACGGGAGAGCAGCAUUUUGAAUGGCGAAGCUAGCCGGUGGAACUGA